CUGCUCGGUCGGAUGCUGAAGCCCGCCAUGCGGUCGGCGCUGGCCUCGCUGAGCAACUACGUGGGUUACAACGCCCUGGGUGCCCUGGCGGUGCUCGUAAGCACCUUCGCCGCCGCCUUCUACUGGUUCCCGGGUGUGCUCAACUACGUCGGACUCCAGCCAGGUGGCAAUCGUACGGAGGACAGCAUCAUGGCGCAGUUCGACAGCAUCCUGCGCCGCUACAACGUGGACAGCGACGCCUGUCUCAAGGUGGCCAUGUGCUCGGUCGGGCGUCUUGGCGGGGGAGCGGCGGCGGCGGAACAGAGCAGCGCCAAGAAGGAGCGGCGGCAGGCCGGACCCAUCGAGGUCUUCGACAGCAUGCUCAGCUUGACCUUCAUGGACGAAGUCUUGCUCAGCAAGGGCCUCCGCGGCGCCAGGCAGGUGGGCGAGGCCGGGGGCGACUGCGACUCCUUCAACAAGGGGGACCGCUGCCCUUUCAACGCGGCCGCCUGGAAAGUGCUGCUGGCCACGCUCAAUAGGUCCCUCACCUAG